AUGUCAGAAGACGAAAGAGUUGGACACCGCGAACUACUUCAAGAUUUUAUAGAAAGCUACAGAAACGAAACUUGCCUUUGGAAGACUACAUGUAAGGAUUACCACGACCGCAACAAAAAAAAUGCCGCCUACGACAGGCUAAUCGAAAAAUACAAACCCAUAGAUCCAAAUGCCACCAGGGAUACAGUGGUUAAGAAGAUUAAUAAUCUUCGAACUACAUAUAAAAAAGAGCUCAAUAAAAUAAAAAAAUCGUGUAAAUCUGGAGCAGGGACUGACGAGAUUUAUAAACCUCGUUUAUGGUACUUUGAGUUAUUGAGUUUUUUAUACGAUCAAGAAGUACCGAGACCAUCUACAUCGAAUAUAGAUGAUGACGAAAAUGAGACGCAGUCAACCACCGGCAUCGGCUCAACGAGCUACGAUUGUCCAGACAGCGAUCAAGACACACCAACACUGGCCUAUUCCGACAACGAAUCAGACACACCGACCCCGGCAAACUGUUCUGACAGCGAACGAGCUACAUCAAUCUCGGGUCGUGUUCGGCCAAGACCAAAAAAAAAAACAUUAACUGAAGACGUCUUAAGUCCAUAA